GCGAGAAGAGCGAAAAGUGGAAGUGAAACUCUAGUACGAGUUGUUACUUUGUGAAUAUUGAACAAAAGUGAAAUUAAAUCGAAGAAAACAACAAUGCCAGCUGUAGGAAUUGAUCUUGGAACCACAUAUUCGUGUGUCGGAGUGUGGCAGCAUGGAAACGUGGAAAUCAUCGCGAACGACCAAGGCAACCGGACCACUCCAUCCUAUGUGGCCUUCACGGACACGGAGCGGCUGAUCGGAGACGCCGCCAAGAACCAGGUGGCGCUGAACCCCAACAACACCGUGUUCGACGCCAAGCGACUCAUCGGACGCAAGUUCGACGACCCCAAGAUACAAGCAGACAUGAAGCACUGGCCCUUCAAGGUAGUCAGCGACGGAGGCAAGCCGAAGAUCCAGGUUGAAUACAAAGGAGAGACAAAGCGGUUCGCUCCAGAGGAGAUCAGCAGCAUGGUGCUAACGAAGAUGAAGCAGAUAGCCGAAGCGUACCUCGGGACUACUGUGAGGGACGCCGUGGUGACCGUGCCCGCGUACUUCAACGACUCGCAGCGACAAGCCACCAAGGACGCGGGCGCCAUCGCCGGCCUGAACGUGCUGCGCAUCAUCAACGAGCCCACCGCCGCCGCGCUCGCCUACGGACUCGACAAGAACUUGAAGGGCGAGAGAAACGUCCUCAUCUUCGAUCUCGGAGGCGGCACUUUCGACGUCUCCAUCCUGUCUAUCGACGAGGGGUCGCUUUUCGAAGUGAAGUCGACGGCCGGAGACACGCACCUCGGAGGCGAGGACUUCGACAAUCGACUCGUGAACCAUCUGGUGCAGGAGUUCAAGAGGAAGUACCACAAGGACUUGACGGGCAACUCGCGCGCGCUGCGCCGCCUCAGGACCGCUGCCGAGCGCGCCAAGCGGACCCUCUCGUCAAGCACCGAAGCCACCAUUGAAAUCGAUGCGUUGUACGAGGGCAUAGACUACUAUUCGCGCGUCUCCCGCGCCAGGUUCGAGGAACUCAACGCAGAUCUGUUCCGCGGCACCCUGGAACCUGUCGAGAAGGCUCUCAAAGACGCUAAACUUGACAAGAGCCAAAUCCACGAUGUCGUAUUGGUCGGAGGUUCGACGCGUAUCCCGAAAAUCCAAAGUAUGCUGCAGAAUUUCUUCUGUGGGAAGCAGCUGAACCUUUCCAUCAACCCUGACGAGGCCGUGGCCUACGGCGCAGCUGUCCAGGCGGCCAUCUUGACUGGAUCCACCGACACCAGGAUCCAGGACGUGCUGCUGGUCGACGUGGCUCCCCUGUCUCUUGGAAUAGAAACAGCCGGAGGAGUCAUGACGAAGAUCAUCGAACGAAACUCAAAGAUACCCUGCAAACAGUCGCAGACCUUCACCACCUACUCGGACAACCAGCCAGCGGUGACCAUCCAAGUGUUUGAAGGCGAACGAGCACUGACUAAAGACAAUAACCUGCUGGGAACAUUCGACUUGACCGGGAUCCCGCCCGCGCCGCGAGGAGUGCCGAAGAUCGACGUCACCUUCGACAUGGACGCAAAUGGAAUCCUCAACGUGUCGGCCAAAGAGAACAGCUCCGGUCGCAGCAAGAACAUCGUCAUCAAGAACGACAGAGGGCGGCUGUCGCAGGCCGAGAUCGACAGAAUGUUAGCCGACGCGGAACGCUACAAGAAUGAAGAUGAGAAGCAGAUGAAGCGCAUCGCCGCGCGGAACCAGCUCGAGGCCUACAUCUUCAGCGUGAAGCAAGCCGUGGACGAGGCGGGCGACAAGCUCAGCGACCAGGACAAGAGCGCAGCCAAGAACGAGUGUGACGAAGCGCUGAAAUGGCUCGACAACAACAAUCUCGCAGACCAAGAGGAAUACGAACACAAGCUGAAAGAGUUGCAACGAGUUUGCUCGCCGAUUAUGACAAGGAUGCACGGAGGCGGCAACAAUGGAGGCAACGCCGGUGGCAUGCCAGGUGGAGGCAUGGGCGGCAUGCCUGGAGGAAUGGGCGGCAUGCCCGGUGGAAUGGGCGGCAUGCCUGGAGGAAUGGGCGGCAUGCCCGGUGGAAUGGGAGGCAUGCCCGGAGGUAUGGGCGGCAUGCCCGGAGGUAUGGGCGGCAUGCCCGGUGGAAUGGGAGGCAUGCCCGGAGGUAUGGGCGGCAUGCCCGGAGGUAUGGGCGGCAUGCCCGGAGGUAUGGGCGGCAUGCCCGGUGGAAUGGGAGGCAUGGGCGGCAUGCAAGGUGGCUACGGAGGACCGACCAUCGAGGAGAUUGAUUAAUU